CUUGCCAACAUCUGAGAGGAUGAAGACGACCCUUAACCUUUCUAUUUGUCACUUGGCAGGAGCAACUUGCUACCAACACGGCCUCUAAUUGGACCAUCUUCUAAGGUGCCCCAUCCUCAGAAAGCUUAUAAGCAACAUAAUCUUAGGUGAAAGGUUGGCAAGGAGCGCCGGAAUGGAGCCGCAGCAGGUCGAGCUCAGCCACUCCGAUGGUCGGAAUGCGAGGCCGGACACAGAAGAUGAAAAAGCAGAUUCUGCAGAGGAAGUAGACGACUGCCCAAUCGAGGAGGUCCGGCUCACGGUGCUGAUCACCGACAACCCGGCAUUGCCGGCAUUGACGUUCAGGACAUGGUUCCUGGGGCUCAUCUCGUGCGCGCUGCUGGCCUUCUCCAACCAGUUCUUCGGCUACCGGCAGAACCCGCUGUACAUCUCCUCCCUCUCGGUGCAGAUCGUCGUGCUGCCGCUCGGCAAGCUGAUGGCCGCCUGCCUCCCCAGGAAGGCCGUCAGGGUCAAGGGCACCAAAUGGUCGUUCUCGCUGAACCCGGGUCCGUUCAACCUCAAGGAGCACGUCCUGAUCACCAUCUUUGCGAACACCGGCUCCAACUCAGUCUACGCCGUCAGCAUCAUCACCAUCAUGAAGGCGUUCUAUCACCGGGAGAUCCAUCCUCUUGCCGCAAUGCUGCUCACUCAAACCACUCAGUUGAUGGGGUAUGGUUGGGCUGGCCUCUUUAGAAAGUUUCUUGUGGACUCCCCCUACAUGUGGUGGCCUGCAAAUUUGGUGCAAGUUUCCCUCUUCAGAGCUCUGCAUGAGAAGGAGAAGAGGCCGAAGGGAGGGAUGACCAGGUUGCAGUUCUUCCUCACCGUGCUGAUCACAAGCUUCGCCUACUACAUUGUGCCUAACUACCUCUUCCCGACCAUCUCCACCAUCUCCCUGGUCUGCCUGGUGUGGAAGAAUUCCGUGACCGCGCAGCAGAUCGGCUCCGGCGUCUACGGCCUCGGCGUCGGGUCCUUCGGCCUGGACUGGGCCACCGUCGCCGGCUUCCUCGGCACGCCGCUGUCCACGCCGGCAUUCGCCAUCAUGAACAUCAUGGCCGGCUUUUUCCUCAUCGUCUACGUCAUCGUGCCCAUCGCCUACUGGACCAACGCGUACGGGGCCAAGCGGUUCCCGAUCAUCUCCUCCCAUGUGUUCAUGGCCAACGGCAGCCGGUACGACGUCAACCAGGUGCUCGACCCGAACACGUUCCAGUUCAGCCAGGCAGGGUACGAUGGCGCCGGGCAGAUCAACCUGAGCAUCUUCUUCUCGUUCACCUACGGCCUGAGCUUCGCGACGCUCGCGGCCACCCUGUCCCACGUCGCCCUCUUCCACGGCAGGUCGAUAUGGGAGCAGACGAAGGCGACGGUGCGCGCGCAGACCGGCGACGUGCACACCAGGCUGAUGAAGAAGAACUACACCGCCGUGCCGCAGUGGUGGUUCCAGGUGAUGCUGGUGCUCGUGCUUGGUCUCUCGGUGCUCACCUGCGAGGGCUUCGGCCGGCAGCUGCAGCUGCCGUACUGGGGCGUGCUACUGGCCGCCGGCCUGGCCUUCUUCUUCACGCUUCCGAUCGGCAUCAUCACCGCGACAACAAAUCAACAACCUGGGCUGAACGUUGUCACCGAGUUGAUCAUCGGGUACCUGUACCCGGGGAGGCCACUUGCCAAUGUCGCCUUCAAGACGUACGGCUACAUCAGCAUGUCUCAAGCGAUAAUGUUCCUGGGCGACUUCAAGCUGGGUCACUACAUGAAGAUCCCGCCGCGGUCCAUGUUCAUCGUCCAGCUCGUAGGCACUAUCGUGGCGUCGUCGGUGUACUUCGGCACGUCGUGGUGGCUGUUGGAGACCGUGACCAACAUCUGCGACCCGUCGAAGCUGCCGGAGGGCAGCCCCUGGACGUGCCCCGGUGACGACGUCUUCUUCAACGCGUCCAUCAUCUGGGGCGUCGUCGGCCCGCUGCGCAUGUUCGGCCGCCUCGGCCUCUACUCCAAGAUGAACUACUUCUUCCUCGCCGGCGCGCUGGCGCCCGUGCCGUUCUGGGCGCUGUCCCGCGCGUUCCCGGGCCAGGCGUGGUGGAUCAGGCUCGUCAACAUGCCGGUGCUGCUCGGCGCCACGGGGAUGAUGCCGCCGGCGCGGUCCGUGAACUACCUCAUGUGGGGCGCCGUGGGGCUCGCGUUCAACCACGUCGUGUACCGGCGGUGCAAGGGGUGGUGGGCGCGGCACAACUACGUGCUCUCCGCCGGCCUGGACGCCGGCGUAGCGUUCAUGGGCAUCGUGUCGUACGCCGUGCUGCAGUCCAGGGGCGUCAACGGCGUCAACUGGUGGGGGCUGCAGGUCGACGACCACUGCGCGUUGGCAAGGUGCCCCACGGCGCCCGGGGUCAGUGCCCCUGGCUGCCCCGUGCAGUAAGCUGCCAGGGCGUUGUCGUCUGGGUAUCUAGGAUAAUUAGCAGUGUAAUGGUAGUAUUAACGUAUAGCUAAUCUCGAUCAGAAAUGAUUAGAAUGAAAGACAAAACGAUACACGCAAAGGCACGUUCAAAUGUCCCUUUCGUGAACACAGCUGUAUGUUCUAGUUCUACUGGAGAAGCAAUUGUAUAAACAACCUUCAGCAAAGCUUACUUCUUCA